CAAGCAAAAAGGCAAUUUUUUUAACCGUAAAGGAGAAGAAUUUGGGUUCUAAAACGAUCGCCAUUCGCCACGAAGGCUGUCUGAGCAAGCGGCGAGCAGAGAGCGAGGGAAGGGAGAAGGCAUGUCUUCUAUUGGGCCGGCGAAGUGGAUCCUGGAGAUGGCCAAGUUCGCGGUUUACGUGACUGUUCCCGUCGCCCUCACCUACGCAUUCGUCACUGAUUCCGGGACUCUUCAUAAGCUCAUGGGAUUCAAACCUUAUGUUGUUUAUCCUCCUGAGGGUCCUCCUCCUCCAUCCCCAGAAGAGCUUCGAGAAAUGGCGAGGCAGAUGGCUCGCAACAACAAAAGCAGCUGAGUUGCUCCACUAUGGCUGUAAUGUGCUUUGUAUCUGCUUUGAUUCUCUGACAAUUGGUGGGAAAUAAGGAGUGAGAAGGAAACAAAAGAGUUACUGGGUUCAUCUUGCUGUCAUAAAUUUAAUAUAAUCAUGCAUGAAAAUUAAGGCUGUAAAUGAGCUGAGAUUCAAUGAGCUCGGGCUUGGCUCUUGUUCGAUUUAAUUCAAAAUUGGCUCAUUUUCAAAUUGCUCGUGAAUAGUAUAUUCUUGUUUGGCUCAUUUUACACAUUCAUCUUCUUGUUUCGCUUGAGUUUGGCUUGUAAUUGACUUGUUUAAAUUCAUUGAAAAAAUAGAUGUACUGUAUAACAAUAUUG